CAACCAAAGAUUACUUUUCCAAUCCUUCUAGUGCUCUUCCUCUCCGUCGUCACUCGAGCCGUCUUAAUCUUCGCAUCUCACUAAUAGUAGGUGGUCAAAGUCCUUACGUUGACCACUGAAUUUUCACUGGUUAACAUAUUCUUUAUUUGAAUGAAGCCAAGUAAAGUCAGUGUAACUUUUUACUCUUUUUUUUUUGGCCAUGCGUAAAUGUUUGUUUACUUUUUAAAAAAAGAAAAAGAAACAAUUAAUCCUGAAAACCCUUUUAGUAUCCAAAAUCUUUGCUUUCACUCACUACCAUACAAUUCUCCUCAGUCUUUCUUUACCAAUAUGGUUACUCUGCCUCUUCUCCGGCGACUAUUUGUCACCAUCUCCGGCUACAUCAAACCCCCACCUUCCAAUUUCUCACUUUUCUUCAGUAGAAUGCUUUCAGUUUAAGCAGCUUCAUCCCAAUCCUUCUCCUUUUCAACCCAUUGCCUACUCUCAGUCUGCCCCACUUCUUCUCUCUUAUCCACACAGCUUUUGGCCCCUGGUUUUCAUUUCUUCAACUGUUCAAGAAGAACCCAUUGUCUGUUUUCAGUGUAAAAGUUUCUGUCUUUGGGUCCUCUAGGAAAAGUAGCCCAUGAAAAGCUUUCCAGGAAAAGAAGUAAAAUCCUUCUUCAAGCAAAAUUUUGAAUUUUUUUAGGAGGCAGUCAUCCUGGAAUGAUUCUACUUGGAGAUAAGCUGGAUCUGUAAGCAUAUUCAGAUAUGCCUGAACAGGACAGAUAUCUCCUCAAAUUGUGUUUCUUGCUAUGUAUCUUUGCUGGGUUCCUGCUACAUUCUCUUGGCGCUUCAGAGAUUCCCUUGGAUUCAAAACUUUCUAUAGUUGAUAAAGACAUGUGGGUCUCUCCAAAUGGUGAUUUUGCAUUUGGAUUUUUUAACAGUCUAGAUGAGCCAAACUAUAGUGUUGGGAUCCGUUCCAAUUCAAAGUCUAUUCCGCUUGAUAAACAAAUUGUGGUGUGGAUUGCUGGAGCUGAUCUUAUUCUUGGUAACAAUUCUUAUGCCCAACUGACCCAGGAUGGUGAACUAAUUUUAUUCGAUUCCUUGAAGGGAGUGAUAUGGAGCAGUAAAACAAGGCAGUUGUCUGUUGUUUCAGCUGCUCUGAAUGACAAUGGAAAUCUUGUCCUAUUGAAUAAAGAGAAACAUAUUGUUUGGCAAAGUUUUGAUACACCUUCUGACACACUUCUUCCUGGACAGAACUUCUCUAUGUUUCAAACACUCCGGGCUGCAAGCAAGAAUUCUGUGUCCAGUUACUACACUCUUUUCAUGAAUGCUUCUGGUCAGUUGCAACUGCGAUGGGAAAGUCAUGUCAUCUAUUGGACAAGUGGAAGCCCUUCUAGUUCGAACCUCAGUGCUUUCCUCACCUCUGAUGGAGCCCUACAACUCCGCGACCAGAACUUGAAACCUGUUUGGUCACUGUUUGGAGAAGAUCACAAUGACUCUGUUAGUUACAGGUUUCUUAGGCUAGAUGUUGAUGGUAAUCUCCGGUUAUACUCAUGGGUAGAGCCUUCAAAGUCAUGGAGACCAGUCUGGCAGGCUGUUGAGAACCAGUGCAAUGUCUUUGCAACCUGUGGCCAACAUGGCAUCUGUGUCUUUACUGAAUCUGGGUCCCCUGAUUGCGAAUGCCCGUUUAAGCAUACAAAUGAAUCCAUUUCCAGAUGUUUGAUUCCAAAUCAUCCAUGUGACUCUGGUUCUGACAUGCUUAAAUAUAUGCAUACUUUCCUGUAUGGAAUGUAUCCACCAACUGAUGAUUUAGUUGCCAAAGUUAGUUUACAGGAAUGUAAGAAUUUGUGCCUGAAUGACCCAUCUUGUACAGCUGCAACCUUCUCAAAUGAUGGAACUGCACGGUGCUUAAUGAAGAGAACGCAGUAUGUUACUGGCUAUUCAGACCCUUCACUAAGUUCAGUAUCUUUUGUGAAGAUGUGUGCAUAUCCAUUAGCUGUAAAUCCCAAUCAUGUGACGACCUCCUCUUCUCCACUCGAGCAGUCUCAUAAGUUUUGUUUCCCUUGUGUAAUCGGAGUAGCCUCAGGAAUGUUCGUUGUCUUUGUUUUAGUUCAAUUGGCACUUGGUUUCUGGUUCUUCAGAAGAAGAAAUUUGGAUAGAAAGAAAGCCGCUUUUGCUUAUACCAGCCCCAACUCAAAUGGUUUGAUUGUGUUAUCCUUCUCUGAAAUUGAGGAGCUUACAGAGAACUUUAAGCAUCAGAUUGGGCCAAAGAUGUUCAAAGGUGUUCUUCCAAAUAAAAAGCCAGUUGCAAUCAAAGAUCUGAAUAUAACCAUAGAAGAAAGAAAAUACCGGAGUGCAGUUUCAAAGAUAGGAAGCAUUCAUCACAAAAACCUUGUGAAACUGCAGGGCUACUGUUGUGAGUUAGAUCACAGAUUUCUAGUCUAUGAAUAUGCCAAGAAUGGUUCUGUGGAGAAAUAUAUAGAAGAUCUUAAAUUAUGUAAGAAGCUGACUUGGGGAAAGAGAUUUGAUAUAUGUUUAAGCGUGGCAAGGGCUAUUUGUUAUCUACACACAAGCUGUAGGGAAUUUAUGAGCCAUGGAAACUUGAAAUGCGAGAAUGUGGUAUUGGAGGAAAACUUAGAGGCCAAGGUGACUGAAUUUGGACUUGGGAAAGUAGUCAGCGAGGCAUCGUGCUCUUCUGCGGAGAGGGAUGUAGAGGAUUUUGGCAAGAUGGUGUUAGUAUUGGUAAGUGGGUGCAGAGGAGUUGGGGACCUUUGUGAGUGGGCAUACAAAGAGUGGAUGGAAGGGCGUCCAGAGAAUGUAGUAGAUAAAAGAAUAAGUGGUGGGUUUAAUCUGCAAGAGCUGGAACGUUCUUUAAGAAUUGCAUUUUGGUGUCUCCAAAUUGAUGAACGCCGAAGACCUUCAAUGAGAGAGGUGGUUAAGGUGUUGGAGGGCACAUUGAGUGUUGAUCCACCUCCGCCCCCAUUUGGUUGUAAUGGGCCACUUGAGGAAGAAGAGGAGCCAUAGGAUCCAGCUAUAUCGAAAAAAUCGUUAUUUUUUUUUUCGAAAUACCUUCAAGAGUUUCAAGUUGUGUAUAGUAGGACUAACAACAGAAUGACAAUUUGAUCUUGUGUUUUCCUUUUUCUUUGAGAGAUAGGCUUAACAAAAGAUUUCCUCCCUGUCUGGGUUUCCACCAUAAUGAAAUGUCAUUUUGUCAUAUAAUGUUUGAAUUUCAUGUUUAAUUUUGAAAUAUGAUUUACAUUGUAGUCGUA